AUGACCGCAGCGCUCCCUCCAGACCCCUCGUCUGGGAUCAGAACUCCCUGCCGUGAACCGGAGGUCCGCGGAAUGUACUAUGGGGAAUUCGACGGUGAGGGGUCUCUCAAAAAGCCCCAAGGCUCCGGAAAUUUCCGCGUCAAAAAGGGGGACACCAUCCUGCUGAGGGCUUACGAAGGCACGCAGAAGCUCCCCGUGGCAGGAUGCACAGCCACCGACCCCCUAGGCAAGGAGCUGGUGCUCGACAGCAGCCGCGACACCCUUGGAAACUUCACUUUCGUCCUGCAGGCCGAGAUCCCUGGGCCCUACCGCCUAUGGCUCACGUUCGACGCUUCUUGCGAGUCUGGAGUCCCCUCCACUGCCACCAGCUCACCCUCAGGGAGACAGGCGCAGUCGUCUCCUUCCUCUCAGUCUUGGCUUCAGCAAGAGCACCUGCAGCAGCCGCUGCGAGGGCCUCAUAACAUCAUUAUUGUGGAACCAAUCAUCACACUCAAGGGAAAACCGAUCCACGCGGAGGCCCUUAGCGUACAGACCGUCCUCUCCCGCUCCCUGGGAGGCAUCAAGCGCUGGUGGCGGAUGUUUCAGCAUACAAAGGAUAUGGGAUACAACAUGGUGCACUUUACUCCGCUUCAAACCACUGGAGAGUCUGGCAGCUGCUACAGUCUUGCGAAGCAGUUGGAGAUAGAUGCCUUUUUCUUCCGAGAGGAAGAGGAUGCAUCUGAAGCAGCCUCUCAGGGAGUGUCUAGCAAGGGGACCGCCAAAGUGAGCGCUGCUUCGAAGGGGACGGCCUUGCCCAAGGAUGAGGCCGAGGGCCUUCAAACUUUGGCAUUAGCGGUGACGAUGCUCGAGAAGGAGCUCGGAAUUCUCUCUGCUACCGACUUGGUUCUCAAUCACACUGCAAACAACAGCGAGUGGCUUGUGGACCACCCUGAAGCAGGCUUCAGCGCGUGGAAACACGAGUGCGAUGCGUGUGCAUUUCGAAGGUAUAACUUGGAGAACUCGCCACACUUGCACGCGGCGUUCGAGCUGGACUGCGCUCUGCAGUCCUUUUCCGCCUCCUUAGCUCGCGGGGAGCUGCGAAGUCAGUUUGGCUGUUCAGGCAUCAUCGACACAGAGGAAGACUUGCGCCGGGCCCUGCGUGAGACAGGCAUUCGUCGAGGCCGGCCUGUGGAGUUUGCUGCGGGAUUUCUCUCUGCCUUGUAUCCGUCUGUCCACUUUGAGUCGGAAGUGCACGGAGCCUUAACGGCAGCGAAGGAUCGGUUGUUGCAGGAGGCGCGGGCAGCGCGUGCGAAUUGUUUGAGUGCCAUAGAGGGCUUGGUGCGGUACGAAAGGCUGCAGUGUAAGCGGGGGCCCCUCUCGACGGACCACUGGAAUGCCCUCGUGCCCAGAUACUUCACCGUGUUAGUCUCGAAAGAGACAGCAGCGCCUAGCAGUUUCGCCAGCAGCGGUGCUGCGGAAGGCGCAAAGCCUGUCGCUUUGGCAAAUAACGGGUGGGUUAUGGGGUGGGAUGCCACAAAGGACUUUGCGGCUCCCGGAUCGCUUGUGUAUCUGCGGCGAGAACUUGUUGUCUGGUCGGAUUGCGUGAAACUGAGGUAUGGGUGCCGGCCGGAGGAUUCUCCGUUCCUCUGGGAGAUGAUGGAGAAGUACUGCAGAGACACUGCCAAGAUCUUUCCAGCCGUUCGGCUCGACAACUGCCACUCGACCCCCAUCCAUGUUGCUGCGCACAUGUUGCGUGAAUGCCGCCGCGUGCGUCCCGACAUUUGGGUGUACUCCAUGCAGACUCGGAACCCAGGGGACCUUGUUUGGCAGCUGACGCAGUUUGGCGGUAGAGACGCCGUGGGAGAGCUGGAUUCACGCCCUGCGUACUUGCAGCUGCCUGCAGCAGGAGCAGGAGCAGCAGCAGCAGUAGGAGAAGCGUUGCGUGGCGAGCAGGGGGCUCUCUUGAAGCCUCUUCCAGCGCGGCUGUGCCCUGCUCUGUUUUAUGAUUGCACUCACGACAACGAGCCUGCGGCAAAGAAGUUUACGCCAGCGGCAGCGCUGCCGUUUGCUGCCCUCGCCGCGGGGGCUGCGGCUGCAUGCGGGAGCACCCGAGGCACCGACGAACUCGUGCCGGAAACGCUCUCCGUGGUUCAUGAAAGACGCCUGUACAACGAUUACCAUCCGGAAGCUCCCCUGCGAGAUCCCAACAAGGCAGACGUUGGAGCUGGAACAUCCGCAAAGAAAAAAGCAGGGCACGCGGCAACAGCGCUCGAGAAGAAGGAGGCCGAAGAAAAGGAGGAUGAAGAGCAGCAGCAACAGCAGCAACGAGAAAAAAGAACUGUGGAAAUCACGUGGCACGGCGAGGCACAGCGCGUCGUUCUGCGUGGGGAGUGGGACUGCUGGCAGAAGGACGUCGAGAUGGAACGCUGCGCGGGAGGAUUUCGGUGCGAGUUGAGGGAGGACGCACACUUCGUGAUGCAGGUGGGAGGUAGGCAAGCAGUUACCAAAGAGGCUGUGCAGUACAAAUACGUUGUUGACGGCACGUGGACGCUGGACCCUUCAAAGCCAACCGCGACCGACUCCCAAGGGAAUAGAAACAACCUGGCAAUGCUCCCUGGCACUCGCCAUCACGCGCAAGGUAUGGCUGGAAUGGCUAGCUGGCAUGAGCGCCAUCCCCGAUCUGUAGAACCGGGUGCUAGAAAAACAACAGCCCACUCUGCAGCCUUCUGUUGUACGACCCUGGUUCUAGGGAGACUGCGCCUUGGGGUGGUACUCUGCACGUGUGUCUCAGAGACUCUGCCUGGACUACUGGCCGUACGUCCCACACUCAACAGCCUCCAUAUCCAGCUGAGCGGUCGCAUCACGGAGGUGCCUUUGGUGGCGAGUCUGUUCGUUGGAGGCAACGCUCUAGGGGACUUCCAGCCCAACCCCGCCCGCAUCAACGGCUUGGCGGGUUCAGCGCAGGUCCACGCAGGUUUGGAGGCGGUCGCCAGCUGGACAUACAGCUCAGAAACGGGGCUCACCACUGUGAGGCUGCACGAUUUCCCUCCCGGCUCAGUGGCCGUGGCGUUCACGGAGCCGGAGAAGCGCGCGCUGUUGCAGCAGCUCGAGCAGCAGCUGCAGGAUACCCUCUCGCGUACGCCCGCCCUGCUGGCGCCAGCCUCGCCGGCAGCUCUCAACAGCCUCAUGUUCCGCUGCAAUCAAGAAGAAACAGACGCCUCCGGCGGGAAGCGAGGAGUCUACGACGUUCCCGAGUACGGACCUCUGGUGUACUGCGGCCUGGCCGGGGUGGCUGCGGCGUUCGACGCCGUGCGCAUGCUGCUCCCCAGAGACCAGCUGCAGCAUCCUUUGUGCAGGAAUCUUGUGGACGGAAUUUGGCUCCUGGAGUACGCCGCGGACAGACUGACGGAGCCCACGCUGCUGCCCCUGCAGCAGCAGCUGCAGCACACCGUGCAGCUCCUGCAGCAGCUGAAGGGCUACGCGUGGAUCAGGCCGCGCAUCGCAGACAGGCUGCUCAGUGGCGUGUACGCGCAAGUGGGCGCUCUGGUGCUGUCGCGUCUGCCCGCGGCGUCGGCGAUUGCCCCCACAGACUCCUCAGUGGCGGCCGUCGAUCCGCUGCUGCUGCAUCUCCUGACAGCCACGCUGCAGUUCUACGGGCGAGUGCCUUCUUCGCCCUUGGUCUGGGGCACGCAGGAGCCCAGCCUCUGCGCAGGCCUUCCCCACUUCACCACUGGAUUCAUGCGCAACUGGGGGAGAGACACGUUCAUUGCCAUCGGCGGAAACCUCAUCGCGACGGGGCGCUAUGCGGAGGCUCGCGCAGAAAUCCUGGGGUAUGCGCGCGUUCUACGUCACGGCCUCAUUCCGAAUCUUCUAGAUGCCGGCAACAACCCACGCUACAACGCUAGAGAUGCCACCUGGUUUUUCAUGCAGGGAAUCCAGGAUUACUGCAAAGCAGCGCCUGAAGGUGUGGACUUCCUGCAGACGCAGGUGGAGCCCAAAUAUGGCGUUCAUGCGUCGCAGCUUCCUGAACAGCAGAUUAAAACCCUCGCGGAUGUGAUGCACCAUAUUCUUGCCUCCCACGCGAAGGGCAUCUCCUUCAGGGAGUGGAAUGCUGGCCGGCAGCUAGACGAACACAUGCAAGACAAAGGCUUCGAUAUUGAAAUUCGAGUAGAUCCCAACUCGGGUAUAAUCUAUGGCGGCAACGAGCUGAACUGCGGCACGUGGAUGGACAAAAACGGCUCCUCAGACAAGGCUGGAAACAGGGGGUUUCCUGCAACACCCCGGGACGGCGCGGCGAUAGAGAUUAAUGGUCUGCUUAAGUCAGCAUUGCGAUUCGUUUCUCGCCUUCCUGAAAACGUGUUCCCCUACAAGUCGGUCUUUUUCGCUGAUGGAUCGGAGUGUAUGUACACCCGGUGGGCGUCGUUGCUGGAUGCAAGGUUCGAAAAGGUCUUUUAUGUUCCACUUGCGCCGGAAGAGGACGCCGAGUACUUCCUCGAGCCUAAGCUCAUCAACAGAAGAGGCAUUUACAAGGACACGCACAAGGCUUCAACUCCCUGGGCAGACUAUCAGCUCAGGCCCAACGCCUGCAUUGCCCUAGCAGUAGCGCCUGAACUUUUCCGACAGGACCACGCGCGUAGCUAUCUGCAUGCUGUAGAGGAGUAUUUGCUUGGAAACGACCAACUCGGCCUCAAAACUCUCGAUCCAGGGGAUUUGCAGUACCGACCUGACUACGACAACGCAAAUGAUAGCUGUGACAAGGCUGUUGCCCAUGGAUGGAACUAUCAUCAAGGUCCUGAGUGGGUGUGGCCUCUGGGAUAUUUUUUGGAGGCGAAGCGGCUGUUUUUUGAUGACAGUGGCGCUCCUGCAAAAGGGCCCACCAGCCCCCAUUCCGGUGUGUCUACAGCCGCAAGGCGCACACUACUCAGCUACCUGAAGAAGCACCGCGAUUACAUCCGAACCGACGUGUGGCGCUCUCUCCCAGAGCUGACGAACCACAGCGGCACAUAUUGCCGAGACAGCUGCCAGGCACAGGCUUGGUCCGUAGGGACGCUGACAAACUCGGCAACGCGUUCCGUUGUAUCUGGCUCGCCUGAUAGUUUUGUAAGCAGAGGGCUAGGUAGAUCGUCAAAUAUCCCGUUAUAUGUGAAGCUGGAUGUGUCUGACCAGCCAGAAACUAGUAACAGUACUUUUGUGCUAACGGGCACUCGCGCACCGCAAAAAGAAUUCAUCUUAAUCUGUUGUGAUACUGGGUUCCAGGGUUUAUGGCGUGCAGUUGAUACAACACGUGAAGGGCGCUGCUUUAUAAAAGCACUAGCUGGGGUUGCCCACCACCUCGUGUGGCGGAAUAUUUGCCCAAAGUAUGACAUUCCGGAUAACUGGCGUGAGAAGGAAAGCCUUAUCCGAGAUAAAGGAAUAAGAGUUUUAUCCUCACUGAAGUGUGCGAAAGCAGAGAACGCGCUAGAGCUCGAGUGUGUCUAUCAAAAUGCGGCCGGAGAAGCUGUUUUUUGCAAAUCCUUAUCUAUAACCUGUAGCUUAGCACAGAAAGUGUUGCCUAUGGUGCCUCCUGUUCCGACACGCAUAGUCUAUCAUGCCUUAUCCCAAGGUUUCUACGAUGCAACACCAGGGACACAUUUGUCGGACCCCUACGGCAAACAUGCGACCCAAGAGAUGGACAAGCGAACUAAAACUGCCCUCUACACUCGCCUACCUGUGAGCAAACCUAAUGAAGUUACCCCUCUGUGUGUGUAUAAGCCCUAG